AUGGUGCGAGCUACCUUGGUGACUGCCACCAGUCUGGCACUGACUGGGGCUGUGGUGGCACAUGCUUACCUCCUUAAACACCAGUUCUACCCGACUGUGGUCUACCUCACCAAGAGCAGCCCCAGCAUGGCGGUGUUGUACAUUCAGGCCUUUGUGUUGGUCUUUCUGCUGGGAAAGUUCAUGAGGAAGGUGUUUUUUGGACAGCUAAGGGCUGCAGAAAUGGAGCAUCUGAUUGAGCGCUCCUGGUACGCUGUGACUGAGACGUGCUUGGCGUUCACUGUGUUCAGGGACGACUUCUCCCCUCGCUUUGUCGCCCUCUUCACACUUCUGCUCUUCCUGAAGUGCUUUCACUGGCUGGCUGAGGACCGGGUGGACUUUAUGGAACGGAGUCCGAACAUAUCCUGGAUUUUUCACUUCAGAGUAUUAUCUCUCAUGGGACUGCUGGCUGUCCUGGACUUCCUGUUUGUCAACCAUGCCUGUCACAGCAUCAUUACCAGAGGAGCCUCAGUCCAGCUUGUUUUUGGAUUUGAGUAUGCCAUCCUGAUGACCAUGGUGCUCACAACCUUCAUUAAGUACCUUCUGCACACUAUUGACCUGCAGAGUGAGAAUCCCUGGGACAACAAGGCCGUCUAUAUGCUCUACACGGAGCUCUUCACAGGUUUCAUCAAAGUGCUCCUGUACAUUGCCUUCAUGACCAUCAUGAUAAAGGUCCACACCUUCCCCCUGUUUGCCAUUCGGCCCAUGUAUCUGGCUAUGAGGCAGUUCAAGAAAGCUGUAACAGAUGCUAUAAUGUCUCGGAGAGCCAUCCGCAAUAUGAAUACACUGUACCCUGAUGCUACUCCUGAAGAUCUGCAGGCCUCUGACAACGUCUGUAUCAUCUGCCGAGAGGAAAUGGUCACCGGAGCCAAGAAACUACCUUGUAAUCACAUUUUCCACUCCAGCUGCCUCCGCUCCUGGUUCCAGAGGCAGCAGACCUGCCCAACCUGUCGCAUGGACGUCCUCCGUGCGUCUAAUAACAACCAGACGCCAGCCCCGGCCCAGGCUCCGCCCCCGGCUCCUGCGGCCCCGGCCAACGCCCCCGCAGCCCCACCCGCCAACAUGGCCCCAGGCAUGUUACCCGGUUUUCCUCCGGGUGUCUUCCCCUUCUGGGGUCCCUUCCCCGCAGUACCUCCUCCUGCUGCAGCUCCUGGUGCCACCGAUGCUCCGCGAAGCAGCACAGAGGCUACGCAAGCAGCUGGUUCCAGCCCGGCCACUGCGUCGACUGCAGACACCGCUGCAGGCGCUGCUGCUCCAGGACCGGCCAUGCCGGGCUUCCCCUUCUCCUUCCCCCCGCCUCCCUUCCCCUCUGCACCAUGGCUGCCCAUGCCACCACCUCCUCCCUUCGUGUCAUCAAUGCCCCCUCCUCCUCCCUCUCUGACCCGGCUGUCCGAAGAGGAGCUGAGGGAGCUGGAGGCAGAAGGGCGGCGGGGCCUCGAGGCCAGGCUCCAGUGUCUCCAGAACAUCCACACCCUGCUGGACGCCGCCAUGCUCAACAUCCACCACUACCUGAGCACGGUCGCCACGCUCGUCCCUCCUCGGACUCAGGGCAGCACUGGAGAAGCCAGUGGGACAGACGACGCUGCUUCACCUCCUGCAGCGGGCAGUAGCACGGCCAGUCCCAGCCGGGAGAGGGACUCCUCCAGCUCCGAGCAGGUGGACGGAGCUACAGUCUCCUCUCAGCCAGCCGACUCCACUUCUUCAACCGCUUCGGGCGCGGAAAGAAAAGAAGAGCUGGACGAAGGAGCGGCGGGGGCGGGGGAGGAGGGCGAGGACGGAGAACCCAACGCCGCUGAGCUGAGGCGCCGACGCCUUCGUAAGCUGGAAACAUCACCGCCAUCCCCUUCACCCCCUCCAGACAACUGAUCCGCGUGUGCUGUUCUCUGAAUUCAUCCAUGGUUCCGACUCGAGACACGUCGCUCCGGACCAAUAGGAACUGGGAGCUUCCACAGGCUCAGGUUUCUAACUGCAUCGAGUUGGACUCAGGCUACCGGGAGACGCAAUGAUCGGUAGCGCUUUAUCUGGACUGUUGCUGUGUCAGAAAGCAAUAGCACGACUUCAUUUUUUUUUGACUACUGCAAUAAGAGUACUGCAGGUGUUUGUAGGUUUAAUCGAGUGGAAGACGAAUUUCGAACCCAUUUAUUUGGUCAGUGUGAGAGAGGGAGAGACUGUUUGGAUUUGUGUUUGGUAGUUUUACUGUCGGUGAGCUUCUUUGCCUGCACUUUGAUUUGUUGUUUAAUUCAGCUUUCUUCAGUAUAAAGGUGGUCCCAUUCCCCACAUCAACAUGUUACACAGCAUCUGCAUUGAAUUCAAAUCAAAGGGGAAGUUGAUCAACGGCUCUGGCUUUCUUUUUUUUUUCGUUAACAUUCGUCGGUCUUCUGUCGCCACCGCAGUCGUUGUAACACGCCGAUUUAUUUGAAUGUGUAAAUACUGUAUAAAGAGUUUUAAUAGGAUGAUCUGUACAUAAUGCAGAAUAAACUGUUUGACUGAAAUGACAGUGGCACAACACGUAUAUCGGUGUGUAUGUUCACAAACUGAUGUAAUAGAGUUGGAAUGUGUUGCUCAUAGACUCGUCAGGCUUUCUGUGUCGGAGCUUUAAUGUUGCCUUUUGAAUAAAAGAUUGAACUGUAAAAUUA